AUUUCCGGUUGACGGGGCGGAAGCGAAAGAAGACGCAAUCUGUGUCGUCGAAGUUAGUCGUUGCCUUCGCUGUUAACGUUCUGUUAUGAGUUGCUAAAAUCAUGGUGAAAUGUUGCUCGGCGAUUGGAUGUGCUUCUCGCUGUUUGCCAAAUUCCAAAUUAAAAGGACUGACGUUUCACGUAUUCCCCACAGAUGAAAAUGUCAAAAGAAAAUGGGUAUUAGCAAUGAAAAGACUUGAUGUGAAUGCUGCAGGCAUUUGGGAGCCUAAAAAAGGAGAUGUGUUAUGUUCAAGACACUUUAAGAAGACAGAUUUUGACAGAAGUGCUCCAAAUAUUAAACUGAAACCUGGAGUCAUACCUUCUAUCUUUGAUUCCCCUUCUCACUUACAGGGGAAAAGAGAAAAACUUCGCUGUAGGAAAAACUUCACCCUCAAGACCCUUCCAGUCCCAAACCACAAUCGCCAGCUUGUUGGUGCUUCCUCAUGUAUUGAAGAAUUUCAAUCCCAGUUCAUUUUUGAACAUAGCUACAGUGUAAUGGACAGUCCAAAGAAACUUAAGCAUAAAUUAGAUCAUGUGAUCAGCGAGCUAGAGGAUACCAAGAAAAGUCUGCGGAAUGUUUUAGACCGAGAGAAACGUUUCCAAAAAUCAUUGAGGAAGACAAUCAGGGAAUUAAAGGAUGAAUGUCUCAUCAGCCAAGACACAGCAAAUAGACUGGAAGCUUUCUGUUGGGAGUAUUGUCAGGAGAGCAUAGAACGAGACUAUAUUUCAUGAAGUAAUUUUGUGUUAUUUUCUACCUAAAGUUGACAUUGGUACAGCUUUUUAGAAAGUAAUUCUUAUUUAUCAUCAUUAAAUAAUAUCCAUCAUU